AUGCAAAACGGAGAGCUUUAUAUAUACAUUCAGGACAUCGCGGCCAACCUCUCGCCACCGAUUGCCGCCAUUUAUAUACUGGCCAUCGCGUGGAAGAGAAUCAACGAAAAGGGCGCCUUUUGGGCACUCAUUAUUGGAUUAGUUGCGGGAGUCGUCCGAUUAAUCGUAAAUCUCAUAUAUCGAGAGCCCAUUUGUGGUGAACAGGAUUUGCGGCCAAAUAUCCUUAAACUUCAUUACAUUUUAUUGACUCAGAAAACCGAAGAAUUCCGGCUCAUUCGCACCACUUAUUGGACAAGAUUUGAUGAAAGAGAGCGAACCGAUGAGACCGAGAAUGUGGAUCAAAUUGAAUGCCAAUACAUCAACAAUGAAAGCAACACUCAAAGCAACGGAACAUUAAUCACUGGAAACGCGGAUUUUGUCGAAAAGAAAGUCAAAGAAUCUCUGAUCAGAAACUUUUUCCAAUGGUUUUGUGGAAUCAAUUACAAGAAUCAAAGUGAGAGUACAUUGAAUGAUAAUUUGGCAAAUAUUGCAUCCAUUCAUCAAACCAAGUAUGAGAAGAGGAUUCUUAUGAUCUGUCUUAUGAUUGUGAUAUCAAUAGCGGUCACACUUUUUGUCUACUUUUCACUUCCGUUAGAAAUUCGCUUUUAUAUUUAAUAAUUAAUUCAUUUAUAGUAAUAUAAGUUUGUUCGCCAAUAAUAUAAUCCUGGUCACCAAUAAUUAUUUAUAACACAUCAUUCAAUUCAGACAUUAAUACACGUGUUAAGUCAAGCAUCAAG